UUUAUCCUGCAAAAUAUAUCUUACAUGUCAGAAUUAUACAACACACUAAUAUAAGACAAUUACUUCAAAUUGAUCAGACGGCGGAUAUCGUGGACAAUACACGAUGUCAACACCUCAAGAGGAGAGUACUAUUGCCAGCAUUGGUCUCAACUACAUGAUACAUACCACUGACGUAGUCUGUGCAAUGCUUAAUAUCUAUUCAAGAAGUAAAUUAUUUGCUAUUACUUUAGUUGCUGAUAGGUACAGUUACAAAAACUAUCAACAUCUAUUCACAAAAUGAAAAUACAUUAUCGAGAUGAAGCUGUUGUCUUCUGUCAUGAGGUCAAUUAUGGUUUAUUUAGAAUACUGACGAUCUCUGGAUCGAUUAUUUCUCCUUUCUAAUUUGCCUAGUGUUUAUGCAAUAAAGUGUGAUUGUUUUACACAAGUAAUGGUAGAGAGUUUACUGGAUGUUACUCGAUUUUUUACGGCAUGAAGAACACAAGACACUAACCGCCAUGUUGGCUGUACAGGAAAAGGAAGUGCCUAGUUUAUUUUUACCGGAAGUGUUUCAUACGCCAUUUGUGUAUGGCUGUUUUAGCAUAGCAACACAACAAACUGUAAGAAACUAUCAAUUUUAAGCAACAAAAGCGGAAACGAUGAGUUCUAGUGGUGAAGAAGAUGAGACUGGGCCUAAUGUUGAUUCUCUUGAUCCAGAUGAAAGGAUUCAUGCACGACGAGAGAGAAUAAAAAGGCGCAUCGAAGCUACGAAAAGAGCUGAACAGGGCGAGGACCCAAAUGACAAGAAAGAGGUCAAAGAAGAGCUCAGUAAGAGCAGGAAACAGGUUGAGCAGAGUCGCCUACGGUUAACAAAGCUAAAACAAGAUGGCAAUGAGUUAGUAACCAAUAUCCGUGUGGCUGGAGAUUCCAGAGAAGCAGCUAGACGUGCAGAGGAUGAUGACGCGAAGAGACAGAGAAAAGAGAGGCUGGAACAAGAAGCAAAAUCAGGUGCAGAAAAGUUUGAAGAGAUUACGAAGAAAUGGGAACAAGCCUUACAGAAAGAGAUUCCCCAGUCCUUAUACCAGAUGCUAAGACAACAAAAGGAUGCUUGUAAAGCAAUAGUUCUUGACAAAAACAAACUCAUUAAGGACUUUCAAGAGGAUCUACAAAAGAAGGAUGAUUUGUACAUUAAAGACCUGAAAAAACAAGCCGAUGAUAUCGAUUUAAUGAUUGAGAGAAUGGAAGAGCAAAUCAAAAGCUUGAGCACAUCAUAUAAAACUGAGAUUGAAGAAAUCGAGAGAGCUUUUGUGGCUGAGAGAAAUGAACUGUUAGAGCAGCACAAGAAAAAGUGGGAGGAACGGAUGGAAAACAGAAGACAGAAGGAAAUUGAGUACAUGAAGGCCAGGGAGAAGAGAGUAGAAGAUUACGAACAACAGCUGCACAACAUCCGCGUCCAAGAUUCCGAAGAGUACAACCGAAUCAAGAUCCGAAUGGAAACAGAUGUUCAGAUUCUGGAGCAACAACUGCAGCAGAUGCGAGCAACUUACCAACUUAACCAGGAAAAACUAGAUUACAAUUUCCAGGUGCUGAAAAAGAGAGAUGAAGAGAACCAGAUUACUAGAAACCAGCAAAAAAGAAAAAUUACAAGAUUACAAGAUGUUCUGAAUGGACUGAGAAUAAAGAUCGCAAAGCAGGAGAAACAAUACAAGGAUGAAAACCAGCAAUUGACAGAAGAUUACAAGAGAAUCACAGAACAAUUUAGGGACCUCCAGAGAAAAUCUAGGCAUUUUAUGCAGGCUGAUGGUAAGAAGUUUGAGGAGGUGUGGUGCAUGAAUGAAGAGGAAUGUAAGGAGUUGGUGACCACACUGGUGGAGGCAGACAGAACCAUCCACGAACAACAGCUGGGCAUGCAGUACCACACCCCCGACUUGUCUUUCACGGAAAAUGUUGGUCCUAUUAAGAGUGGGGCCAGUCAGAAGGGGGGAAUGUCUGCUCAACAGCUGGUUCAGGAAAUCAUGUCCCAGACAGGAAGUCAAGGAGAGAAAGAAGAAGAGGAAGACGAUGACAUUCCAUCUGACAGGAAACUGCCUAAGAGUACACUGCUCUCUAAAAUAAACGCUAGCACCAUCAAAACAGUGUUAGAGCUUCUCUGUGACGAAUCAGGAUUUUUGGUUGAGUCAAAACUGAACAAACUUCUGGCUCCAUUAGAGAAGGAUGAGAGAUCUCUGAUGAAAUUGGAUGCCAUUUUCAGUGCUCUGGGAAUUGACACUGAGGACGAUGUCCAUCUAUUGUCCAGUUACUUCAUGCAUGUCAAGGGAGGUAAGAAGCAGGAGGAGGAAGAGGAGGAGGAAGAGAAAGAAACAACAUUGGAGGAAACACAAACAGAGGGCGAGAUGGAUGACAUUGAUGCUGAAAUCAGGAAACUGACCGGCAAGGAGGGUGAUGUUGAUUCCUCUAAGAGUGAAACAAUAGAGCUAAUCCACCCUAACGAAGUGAUGAAGGCUCUGAGGGCUUUUGUGGAAGAAAACAAACAACCAGCCAAGGAGAAAGUAAAACAGUCUCAGUUUAAAAUUGCCUCCUUAGAGGAGCGGGACAGUUCAGAGGACUCCGAUUACUGGGCCAGUUACGCCAAAUUAGUGGACGAGAAAAAGGAACGGCUCUGGGAUGCCCUGCUGGAGGGGUUGGAAAAAUACAGUGAAGUACUAACGUCCAGAUCCAGUCUUAUUAAUGAAACUGACGCUCUCCGUCAACAAAAUGCAGAACUCCGAAUGUUACUACACCAAUACGUUAAUUCCAAGGUGAAUGCAGAGCUGGAGAUUCCGCCCACACGAGUUUUACAGCUAGAGAUGAACCCACGAUGAUUCAGUGUCACGAACUGUUACACAAAUUAUUUUGAUCCGUCCAAUUUCUAGUGUUGAAUUUGUCAUGAAAAAAUGCAUGAUAUUUACCAUUGAGUGUAUAUGUACAUAUUUGUAAAUAAAAUAUUCAACAAUCAA